CUAAUCAAAUACUAUUCCCCAUCGCUACCACGUCUCAUCAACGUCCUCACUCCCCCUUCUCUCUCUCACCGGCGACGUCAAACCACCAUCAUCACCCACACAGAGAGAAACCCCCAAUCUCUCUUCUUCAACACGAACAACAAUGAGGAUUCCACUCUCUCUCCUCCUCUUAAUCACCCUCACUUUCUCUCUCCUCGUUUCCCACUCCAUCUCCUUCCAAUCCGACGAGCUUCUCCUUGACGACGACGAAUUCGAAGGAGCUCCAAAGAAACAAUCAUCUGACCUCCCACGAUCGUCACCUCAAACCACCGCCACUACAACCACCACCACGAGGAGGAGAUCGUCGGAUUCGGAUAUUGAUACAAAGCUGCAGUUCACUGUUGAACAUGCUUUUGGUGAUUCCCAAUUCUCACAUGCUGGGACUUUUUCUGCCCGGCUUAAGUCAUGGUCUCAUGGUGGUCAGACUCUUACAAAAUUGCGAUUUUCGAGGAAUGCCUUGACAGAACCAGAGAAGGAGCAAUUCAAGGAGCUGUUGCAAACAGAUGAUUUCUAUAAAAUAAGACUUCCAUCCAAUGUCUUGAGUCCUCCGGGAAGGAAUUAUACUGUUUCAGCUGUGAAGGCGAGAUGUCUUGCGAGGGAGGCUUUGGACGAACACUUUGUCAUACAUAUGGAAGGUGUUAACAUUUUGGCUGUCAACUAUGGUUCUCUUGGGGCAUGCCCAUAUCCUCGGCAGCUAAAAAUGCCAUCCAAAUGGUCUUUCAAUUCGUACCCAGUGUUGAAAUACAGCGAGCUGGCACCAAGAACCCCUGUUUUUAUUGAAGAAACACCUGAGGAAACGGCAGAGUCUGAAUUAAAGAAUCAACCAGAGAGAUCCUUUUGGGCAAAAUAUUGGAUGUAUUUAAUCCCUCUAGGGCUGAUGAUUAUGAAUGGUAUGACACAAGCUUUGAACGUGCCUGAAGAGCAGGCUGGCCAAGCAGGAGGGCAGCAACCUGCAAGGGCUCCAGCCGCACCUGUGCGAAGACGAUAGUCUGUUCUCGGGAACUGCUGAUUACCGGAGAUGUAACGAGCUUAUGUGGUGCAACUGAUCAUUAAACAGGUUCCUUGAUGAAAACAGGGGACUUUUGUAAUCGAGCUCCAAAUUUCAUUGAAGCGUAUAGCCAUAUUAGAUAUUUUUUUCAUGGGAAGAGUGGUCAUUUCCUGAGAAGCACUGGCAUAUUUUCUGGUUUCUGAGGCAUUUAGAGAUUUGAAUUACUUUGUGCAGUUGGAAGUAUAAAAAUAUGUCUCAAACCCUAGAUAAUGCUUAUGUUUUGGUUAUGACUUUAGGUUCCAAUUUUAGCACUUGACUUUGUAACUUGUACCCAUUUGAAACUUGUUACUUCACAAUUUUUUAGUUAAUGAAUUUUGUUUGCUUUUUCAUGUC